AUGGACUCCUUUGCCUACAAUAUUCUUGCCGAUACUGAUUCCCUGGCCUCCAUUUCGCAAAGGUCGCCACUUUUAACAGUUUCCAUCUGCACAGUUGCAGCUUUCUGCUCCGGUUCCCUGCACUAUCGAGCUCUCUUCGAUCAUCUGAAGAAUGAAGUAUCCGGCAAAGUGUUUUCCAACAAUCAUGAAUUCGAUGAUGUGCGCGCUCUUUGCAUCGGGGCUUUGUGGCUCAACGACAUCUCCACGGCUUUAAAUUCACUGGCCGUACGAAUCGCAACCGAACUAAAUCUCCACCGCUGCAUCACCAAAAUGCCCCACAAGAAACGAGCCUGCUACGACCGGACCCGAUUAUAUUUCCUCGUAUAUCUAUGCGACCACCACUGCUCCCUAAGCCACGGCAAACCACCCCUUACACGAGACUUUCACUCUCUGAAAAGCCCACGCGAUUUCCUCAGAACAGAACUUUCGUCGCCAUCCGACCUGAAAUUAAUCAGCCAGGUCGAAUUAUGGUCGAUCAGCAAUCGAGUCUUUGACAUGUUUGGCGCAGACGUGGAUAAUUGCGUUACUAUUCAACGAUUAAGUGAAAUUCCUGCUCUAAGUGAGGCUUAUGAGCAGUGGUAUCGUGAUUGGCUCGGUAUUUUGACUUUUGUUGAGGGAUCGGGCGAAGAGCCAUUUACUCGUCAUGUUUUUGACGUUUAUUAUUACUCGGCGAGGUUAUAUCUCUUCUCUCAUGUCUUUCGUGGUCAGGCAACUGAUGACUCGAUGGAGGGAGAUUCAACUUCUUAUUCAAAUAAAGCUAACAAUGGUACCGAAGACUUUGCCGAGGCUGCGUUGAAAAGCGCUCUUUCGAUUGUUUGUCUUAUCACCAAAGAGGAGGGUAGCUUGCAAAAUUUACCCUAUUAUAUAGGGACAGUGACUGCGUUUGCUUGCGUUUGUCUUGUUAAAGCGUCGAGUCAAAGCGAGUUGAUUACCUGCGAUGUGGAUGGGGAUGAUGUUUCAACACACUUACGCGAACUUGUUCGGGUUCUUCAAGUUGCUGCUUCUGCUUCGGGGGAUCAGUCCGGUCAUGGUCAUCCAUUGCAGGGAAUUGCGGAAAGUCUGGAAAAUAUUUUGACUGGGGAAUCUGAAUCACACGAUAAUGGGCCGUUGAAUGGAAUUUUCGGAUUUGAUUUUGCUCUUGAAGGAUUCGACAUGCUGUCGGGGGACUUUGGACAGACGUCGUCAACUCCUUUAUUUGGGACAGAAUGA